GGUGUGGAACGACGUGAGGGUGAGUAAUGACAGAAUUUUCAUUUUUGUGUGAACUAACCCUUUAAGAUGAUUUUUUCUCUCAGCAGGGCAAUUUAGGUCCACAAACAAGAGUUUUCUAGUAGUACAGUAAAGUUCUUCGAAUCAUUCUUUAAUCUAUAAUAGAGAGGAGAAUAUUUUGCAUAAAACAUUAUGAAUUGAAAUAACCUUAAGAAAAUGUACUAGAGGCUAACUUUUUAUUAUACCUGACGCGAUUCAAUGAUACAGCUGUUCACCUUUGAACCACAAGUUACUGCUUGCUAAGUGUCAUAAUAGUAUCAAUGUCACCAGUAGAGGGGUCAAUGUUGAUGGUACAAAAUUAAUUUAGCCCCUCUGAUGUGCAAGUGCUUUUACACUCUAGCCAAGAUAAUUAGCAUUUCUAAUAUGUCUGUGCUACAUCAGUGCCAAUUUGAUGAAUUAUCGUCCGGUGUUGGCUCGCCAUGCCAGCCAGCGACACUCUGGCAAACCUGCACGUGCUAUAUAGGAAAAUGUCACCUCCCCUUUCUGCAGUCCAAGCUGCUGAAAAAAUGCCGCCUUUCGCACCGUCUCAGCUUUCUGCAGAAUCCAUUCGCCAAAAAGAGAAACAGAGUGUUAAUUUCCAUAUUACCUUUUCCAACAAACUCCGCCCGUCUCCUCCUUCCUCAUGGCGAGGCUGGCUGAUGCUGAUGCGAGCGUAUAGUUAACAUCUUCUCAUUCACUCCCUCUGGCGCCACACGUCCAUGUGCGGCUCUGAUCAUUCUUCAUUCUUUUCUCUCUCUCUAUCCCCCCAGUGUAUAAUAUAGUCUCCGCUUUUUACAGAAAGCCUAUUUUCCCCCUUAAAAUGCCAUUGCUGGAAUUAGGCAUUUUAUAUUUUCUCUAGUGUUCGGAAUUAGGUGAAUGGGCUGCAGUUGGUGUUACCAAACAUCUCGAAGAUCUUUCGUCGAUCACUUUUUAAUUCGAAUCGCGUUUUCAUUCACGUCUCAUCUUUAACGUAAGACGCUCUUUUUUUCUCGCCGCGAGAUUUUCUUAAAAAUCAGUCUCGUCUCUAGUCUACAACUUGAUUGGAUUUGUGUUAGUUGUUUGUAUUGUUUGAACUGUCAAAUCAAGAACUGCACCGCUGUACAGCUCGCGCGCAUCACCGCUGCUCCAUGGAGACAUGAGCCGCGCGCACCGAGCUCAUUCACUGUGAAUUAAACCGAACUACAGCAAGUCAACAGCCAGUGUCCACCGGAAUCCACACACCGUCUUUGUACAAACUUGCUUGUCAUUUUUCGCACAGCCUAUACAAGAGCUACUCAACAAAAUGAACCUCUGUUAACGUACAUCUUUCUGUCAGAGCAGAGGUUCAUUGAUCGUCAACUCUGCGACUGGUGGACACAGUUACCACUACACUGCAACCAUGCUUCAUUUGCGCAUUCCGUCAACCCCUUUCUCCUUCACUCCUUGCCUUUCCUCACUCCUCCUCCUGAUCUUCCUCUCAGGCCUCACUCAUCUCUCUCAGGCCAGUGGCGACACAUCCCACAGCAGCCCAGGAAACUGUUCAGGGGAGGACAGCUGCUCUGAGGGCGUCGUCCUCCCGGUGUGGAACCCCCAGAACCCCUCUGUGGGCGACAAGGUGGCACGUGCCAUUGUCUACUUUGUGGCCCUCAUUUACAUGUUCUUAGGCAUGUCCAUCAUCGCAGACCGGUUCAUGUCGUCCAUCGAGGUGAUUACGUCUCAAGAGAAGGAGAUAACAAUCAAGAAACCCAACGGCGAGACCACCACAGCAACCGUGCGCAUCUGGAACGAGACCGUGUCCAACUUGACCCUCAUGGCUUUGGGAUCGUCGGCCCCUGAGAUCCUGUUAUCCGUGAUCGAGGUCUGCGGACACAAGUUUGAGGCUGGUAACCUGGGCCCAAGCACAAUUGUGGGCAGCGCUGCCUUCAAUAUGUUCAUCAUCAUCGCCAUUUGUGUUUACGUGGUCCCAGACGGUGAGGUGCGAAAAAUCAAGCACUUAAGGGUCUUCUUUGUGACGGCAGCCUGGAGCGUGUUCGCCUACAUUUGGCUGUACUUGAUCCUGUCUGUCAUCUCUCCCGGUGUGGUGGAAGUCUGGGAGGCCGUCCUUACAUUUCUCUUCUUUCCACUCUGUGUGGUUCAGGCCUGGAUCGCCGACCGUCGCUUGCUCUUUUACAAAUAUGUCCACAAGCGCUACCGUGCUGACAAACACCGUGGUAUCAUCAUUGAGACGGAGGGUGACGGCAUGUUCAGCAAGAUGGAUAUGGAAAUGGACGGCCAAGGCUCCAAUUCCCAUCACAAGGAGGCACUUGAUGGCAUGCUGGCUGGUGUGGAGGAAGGAGGUGGUGGAGGAGGUGGAGGGGAGGAAGAAGAGGCCAGGAGGGAGAUGGCUCGUACGCUGAAGGAGCUCAAGCAGAGACACCCGGAGAAGGACAUGGAGCAGCUGAUCGAGAUGGCAAACUAUCAAGUGCUGGUGCAACAGCAGAAGAGUCGAGCUUUCUAUCGCAUCCAGGCCACUCGCAUGAUGAUCGGAGCCGGGAACAUCCUGAAGAAGCAUGCUGCAGACCAGGCCAGGAAGGUGGUGAGCUGCCAUGAGUCUAAUGCCCAGGAAGAAGACCCUCACACCAUCUACCUGGAGUUUGAGCCCUCCCAUUAUCAAUGCUUUGAAAACUGCGGCUCCUUGAAGCUCUCCGUGACCCGACAUGGUGGAGACAGUGGCUGCACUGUUAAGGUUGACUAUCGCACAGAGGAUGGCACCGCUAACGCAGGAUCAGACUAUGAAUUUGCCGAGGGCACUCUGGUCUUUAAACCGGGUGAGACUGUGAAGGAGCUGACAGUCGGCGUGAUUGACGAUGACAUAUUCGAGGAAGAUGAGCACUUCUACGUACAUCUCAGCAACCCUCGAGUUGUCCACCGUGCUGAGGUCUCCAUCCUCGACCCUAAUGCGGUGUCUCCAGGCAACAGUAUUAUGGGGUCCAGCCACGUUCCUCCCAAAGCUGCCUUGGGUAACGCGCAUACUGCCACGGUGACCAUUUACGAUGAUGACCACGCAGGUAUCUUUACGUUCGAGAGCAAUUCCACACGAGUGAGUGAAAGCGUGGGCAUCAUGCAGGUGAAGGUUCACAGAACAUCUGGAGCGAGGGGGAAGGUGGCAGUACCGUUCCACACUACAGAGGGUACCGCCAAAGCUGGAGAAGACUAUGAAGAGGUGGCUGGCAAACUGGAGUUCCUCAAUGAUGAGACCAUGAAGAUCCUGGAGGUGAAGAUCAUUGACGAUGAGGAGUAUGAGAAGAACAAAACCUUCACCAUCCACCUGGGGGAGCCGGUGCUGCUGGAGAUCGGGCAGAAACACGGGGACUCUAAUGAUAACAAACCGGCGGUGGGGGCUGAGGAAGAGGAGGUGGCCAAGAUGGGUUGUCCGAGUCUGGGAGAGCACACUAAACUGGAGGUGGUCAUAGAGGAAUCCUAUGAGUUUAAGAAUACUGUCGACAAGCUAAUAAAGAAGACUAACCUGGCGCUGGUGGUGGGCAGCAGUAGCUGGAGAGAACAGUUUGUCAGUGCUGUCACUGUCAGUGCAGGUGAUGAUGAUGAGGAGGAGAGCGGGGAGGAGCGCUUGCCUUCAUGCUUUGACUACAUCAUGCACUUCCUGACAGUUUUCUGGAAGGUUCUGUUUGCCUUCGUUCCACCUACGGAGUACUGGAACGGCUGGGCCUGCUUCUUUGUCUCCAUCAUGCUCAUUGGGGCCCUAACUGCUGUUACUGGAGAUUUGGCAUCUCACUUCGGUUGUACAGUAGGCCUGAAGGACUCAGUCACAGCUGUGGUGUUUGUGGCCCUGGGCACAUCUGUGCCGGACACAUUUGCCAGCAAGGUGGCAGCCAUCCAGGACCAAUACGCCGAUGCGUCCAUUGGAAAUGUGACAGGUAGUAAUGCGGUUAAUGUCUUCCUGGGUAUCGGAGUGGCGUGGACCAUCGCUGCCGUGUACUGGCACAGUCAGGGCAAAACAUUCCAGGUCCCACCUGGGUCGCUGGCGUUCUCCGUCACCCUCUUCACCAUCAUGGCACUGCUGUGUGUUCUGACACUACUGUACCGCCGCCGGCCCUCUGUAUCCGGGGGCGAGCUGGGGGGCCCGAGAACCGCCAAGCUGCUCACCACGUUCCUCUUCUUCAUUAUGUGGCUCAUCUACAUCCUGCUGUCCUCGCUGGAGGCUUACUGCCACGUGCCUGGCUUCUGAGAAAGUUCAUAACUCUUCACUGUACAACCCCCAUCAUUCUUCCUCUCUGCUUUUGUGUAUAUGAGAAGUCUAAAAUGAGUGUUUACAUGGGUUCUUUCUGAUAAUUAUCAUUGUUGAAAUUGAACUUGCAUCCUUUCACUCACACUGAUGUGGAUGUCUAGAUGAGUGUCAGUGAAGGAUGAUAGAGGCUCUGUGGUUUCAUGCACAGCUUCUCUUUAUAGAUGGAUCUCUCUUACAUGGUGUCUGCCACCACCUGGAUAUUCAGACACAGCAACUCUCCAGAAUACUCUCCAGAGAGCCCCCUCAGCGUUUUUCUUGCUUCAGUGCUGUUUUUUUUCCCAAGGAUGGUCUCUUAUGGCUCACUUCGAAAUUCUCUCAGAAAUCCCUCUUCCAUCGUUUCUUGCUUUCUUCCCAUUCGCUGUCAAUGGACUCAUUCCCACCGCAGAGAUUUGGGCAUGCUUCACACCUCUACCUACCCUCAAGACAUAAACACUAUGUUUCAUCUGUCUUCUCUCGCCUGUUACUGCAGCUCCCCAUAGACCUUCAUACCACACCAUCACUUUUCAUAUCUCACAACUAUAAUUUCAGCUCAAACGUUGUGGUGAGAGCUGAGCCUUCCCAAACUGACUCCGCCCCCAAUAUAACCUUUAUCAAUAAUCCUUAAGCAAAUUGUACUCUAACAGCAUCACCUCUGACCAUGCCCACUGAUACCUCCACCACAUCUACUUCAACUUUACCCAUCCCCCAAUAAUAAUUCAACUUUCUAACUAUUAACCCUGCCUUAGUAUUUUCUAUACUGCAGAUUUAUCAUCAAUGACCCCGCCCUAACACUACUUAUACUGCACUUUUUGACCAAUGACCCCUCCUCCAAUUUUUCAUCAUCACUACAUACACCACACCCUCUUCACUUCUGACUCCACCCACUACACUACCUGUGCCACACCUUUUUCAUCUCUGGCCCCACCCCAAUAUUACCACAGCUUAUUUACAUAUGACCCCCUCCCCCAACACAACAAACACCCUCUUCACUUCUGACCUCGUGACAUGCCUUCUCCAUCUCUGCCCCCACCCCUAAACUAUCUACGCACAACUUCUUUACAUAUGACCCCCCCCCUUUUGCUACACUUUUUUCACCACUGACCCCGCCCCUACAUUAUCUAUAUCACACAUUUUUACCUCUCAUCCUGCCCCAUCGCAACCUACACCAUACCCCACCAUAUUUCAACUUUGCCCACAUCUACACAGCAAAAUCCCCAGAGUUAAAUCAAUUCUGCUUAGAGAACCUCUCUAAAUAGUGUUAAAGUAACAAUGAAACAGAAUUAAAGUCAGUUGUAGUUUUUGUGUUUCUCUUUUCUUCAGUGACUCUGCUUGUUAACAGCAGGUGUUCAUCACUAAUGCUCAGUCAUGACUUAAUUAAUCACUUAAUUAUCUCAUUAACGUUAACUCUGCUUCAGUGUUACUUUAACACUAUUUAGAGAGGGACCAUAUGUACUCUGCGCAGAGUUGAUUUAACUCUGGGGAUUUUGCUGUGUACAUAUAUCACACUUCUUUAUCUGUGGCCCAACCCCAAUAUUAUAUACUGUAUACGGACUUCUUUACAUUUGACACCAUCCCCGACAGAACAUAUCAUGCCUUCUUCGCAUCAACUUUUUUUUUUUUUUGGUCAAAUGCUGGUGUUGUAAAGCUGGUGUUUUUUUUAAUUAUACUACUGAAAGUUAAUUAUAAGGUCAAGAGAAGGAAUGUAGGGAGAAAAGAUAGAUUUGUUUUUCAUGCUUUUCUGGCUCUUUUUGUUGAACGUGAACAAAACCAGAAGAGAUACACAUUUUGCAUGGCACAACAUUAGUGGUAGAAGUUGAAUGGAGACCAAAAGAAAUAGUUUAACAGUGACAUUGACAUAAGAACCAAGUUGUUGAUGUUUAUUUAUGUGAUAUUUAUUGAUAUUUAUUAUUAUGAACUAUGUAUUAUGUGGGGAAAUAUUGUAAGCUGUAUGUGUGUGAGAGCAUGUAUUCGAAUGGAUGAGUGCAACAGAUUUGACGAAACAUAUGAGUGUUGUGUUCUAAUCUGUCGAACAGUGUUCAAAGUCUUUGUAUAUGAAUCUGAGUGUCUUAACGUAUGAAAGCGUUGAAUUUUAUAUGAAUUAAAGGCUUAGCUCACCCAAAAAUGAAAUUUCUGUCAUUAAUUACUCACCCUUUUGUCGUUUCACAUCUGUAAGACCUUCGUUCAUCUUCAAAACACAAAGAUAUUUAAGAGGUUUUUUGUCUCCCAUAGAA